CAGUUUUGUUAAAUUUACUAACCAUUAACGUAGCUGGAAGGGGUGGUCCGCCCCAGGGCACUUUUAUGGAGGCGGCACCACUUUUGGGUCUGUUGUAGGCAAUAUGAAUUUUUUGUGGGGGCCGUGGGCGGCACACUAACCACGCUAGUGAUACCGAUCCUGGAGAAAUUAUUUCAAAUGUCCGUUUGUUUCUAUCAGUUUCGGAUUUUCGUGUCAUGCUUUUUUCCCCGUUAACGAUAGGGGUUUUCCGGCGUCAGAAUUUUCCCUACGUAAAAGAAGUGAAAAUAGUUUUAGUUUCUGUUUGAUACUAUAUAAAUUUGGAUCCACUAUAUAUUUUACGCACUUUUCGUAUCUGACGUGAGCAAAACAUAUAUUGAAUAUUAAUAGAAGAGAAAACGAUUAACAGUGAAUACACGAGACGCAAUUACUUACUACAGAAUUAAGGCUUUCAUCUCAUUUGACUGUUGGUUGUGGCGAAGAUUCAAAGCUUACUGAAGACCGCAACUGACAGGUGGAUGCUUAUUAAGGUAUAUCAAAAGAUUUCAUCAGAAGACAUUGUCAUUGCAAACAUUUUAAUCCAAGUCAUUGCUCUCACAUAUUAUGGGCAUAUCGUCACGUUUCAGUCACUGGAUACGAGCAAUGACCACAAUUACUGAAAGAAAAUUUUUAAAAAAUCUUAGUACACCUCCAGGGGACUUACGCUAUGAAAUUGAAAGAUUAUUGACGUUUUUUGAAAAUAUUCAUCCAAAGCUAACAUCUGUACAACUCUCUGGAAAUGGUUAUUAUUAUGAUACUACAGCAGAAAAAAUUAUGUGCUAUUUCUGUAAAACUGUAGUUAAAUUUUCAGAUUCCAGUUUCAAACAUGACCAUUCAUGUAGAUACAAAGUUGACAGUUUUCCGGUCUAUUUAUAUGAUGAAACAGAUGGUGAAAAUGCUGCAGCUUUUAAUGUUCAAAACACUGAACGAGAAACUGAAACUGUAGUAACAACUAGUACUGAAAAAGUUAUUAAUUCAAAUAAAAAUGAAAUGCUUGAUAUGCAAAAAAGACUGGAUACCUUUAAAAAUUGGAACAAAAGCGUGCCAGUAACACCCACAGAUCUUGCCAAGAAUGGAUUUUAUUACCUAGGUUAUGGUGAUGCCGUUAAAUGUGCAUACUGCUCUGUCCAACUGCGCAACUGGAAAGAAAAUGAUGAUGUCCAUAAAGAACAUACACGUUUUAGUCCGAAAUGUCCAAAUUUAGAAUCUUUUAUGAAAAUGGAUUUGAAAUACGAACUGAAUCGGAUAAAAAGUUUUGUCAAGUGGACGACAUCUUACCCAUUAAAAGCUAAAGAUUUGGCAGCUAAUGGUUUCUACCACAAGGGGCCUGCAGAUAAUGUCUGUUGUAUAUUUUGCAAAUGUGAAAUCAAUAAUUGGAAAGCCAAUGAUAAUAUUAGAAAAACACAGGUCAGUUUCUCCGAACUGCCCUUCUUGUGUGAGAAAUUGGUAGGUAAUGUACCUAUACAAGCUCGGAGUAACAUUCUAUUUGACCGCCCGAUACAUCCGAAUCUUGCUUUGUUAAGUGAACGCCUUAAAACAUUUUCUUCGUGGCCAAAGGAUAAAAAACAAAAACCAGAAGUUUUAGCAGAAGCUGGUUUUUUUCAUAAUGGAAAGUCUGAUACAGUAAUUUGUUUUAGCUGUGAUGGCGGUUUGUGUAAUUGGGAUGAUGAUGAUCAACCAUGGCAUGAACAUGCUCGAUGGUUUCCAAGAUGUACUUUUGUACAACAGAUGAAAGAUUCUAAGUACAUUGCAUCUGCAAGUAUGAAAAACAAAGCAUCUUCAUAUAACCAGGUGUUAGAUAAUGCUAGUUCAGUUCUAGAUGGUUCUGCAGAACCUACUGAAGGAUCAACUACUAUUGAAGAUGUUACAACUUUCCCAAAUACUCCAACUUCAGGUAUUCUUCCCAAAUCUCGAAAUCUUAAAUAUAAAUACUCAUGUUUGGAUACACCUCCAGUUCUGGCCGUUUUAUCUAUGGGCUAUAAACGAAAUGUAGUCAAAAGAGUUGUAAAGAAUAAAAUCAAAGAAACAGGUUCUUCCUUUUCAAAAGCAUCGCAGUUACUUGAAGCGAUCCAUAAAUGUCCUGAUUUUGAUGAUGAUAUUGAGGAUGUAAGUGAUGAAGAGGAGCCUGUCCAAACAACAAUAAAAAAUGACACUGAAAUGUCUGCUAACGCUGAUCUAGUUAAAGAGAAUAAUAUGCUGAAAGAACUGAAGCUUUGUAAAAUCUGUUUAGAUGAAGAAUUGAGUGUGGUAUUUUUACCAUGUGGCCAUUUGGUCAGUUGUGCAUCAUGUGCACCUGCUCUCAGUAACUGUCCUGUGUGUCGACAAAAGGUUCAUGGAAUGGUUAAGACAUUUUUCUGAGGUAUGACUAGAUAUUUAUUGCUGAUGGUUGCACAUAUUUCUGAUGCAAAUCUCUCCUAAUUUGAUGAAAAAAAAAGUACAGAACUUCAUUAUAUAGAGAAUAUAUCCUCUAUUGAAAACUUUUCAAGAAAUUUCUGCUUACUCAUUCUCAAUAAAACUAUGUACAAUUACUUUU